CUGCAAGGCCUCCAGGGACCGGCUUGCCAACAGCUGGACUUGAUCACCAGCUUUCAAAGUGAGAUCACACAUCUGGUGGAAUAACAAGCAAACUUUGCUUUCCGGCUGUUUUUAAAGGAUUUUCACAGCAGCGGCUAGAAACCAGGAGACCACCACCUGGACCCUUGACUCUUCUUGGAGAAGCACAGUACAGGAGUCCACCCGCGGGUGGUUUGCUGGACGAUGCUGGCCCUUCGGCGAGCUUCCGCUUUCCUGGUUCUGCUCCUCUCAGCUUUCCUGCCCCCGCCACAGUGCGCUCAGGACCCAGGCAUGGUACACUACAUCUACCAGCGCUUUCGAGUCCUGGAGCAAGGACUGCAAAAAUGUACCCAAACAACGAGGGCAUACAUUCAAGACUUCCGCGAGUUCUCAAAAAACAUAUCCAUUAUGCUGGGACAAUGUCAGACCUACACAAGUGAAUAUAAGAGUGCAGUGAACAACCUGGCACUGAGGGUCGAACGUGCCCAACGGGAGAUUGACUACCUAGAGUACCUGCGAGAAUCUGACACGUGCGUAGAAUCAGAGGACAACAUGUUGGCAGAAAAGCUAGUCCAAGAAGCUGAAGAAGAGAAAAAGAUCGAGACUCUGCUGAAUGCAAGCUGUGACAACAUGUUAAUGGGCAUAAAAUCUAUGAAAAUAGUGAAGAAGACUAUGGAUAGAGAUGGCUCUUGGAUGAAAGAUGCUGUCAGCAACUCUCCAAAGGUUUAUUUCUUAAUUGGAUCCAGAAACAACACUGUUCGGGAAUUUGCAAACAUGCGGGCACUCAUGGAGGAUGGCACCAAGUCAGGCUCCCGGAAGCUAAUCUUAACACACUCCUGGCAGGGAACAGGCCAAGUGAUCUACAAUGGUUUCCUAUUUUUUCAUAACCAAGGGACUCCCAAUGAGAUAAUCAAAUACAAUCUGCAGAAGAGGACUGUGGAAGACCGAAUGCUGCUCCCAGGAGGGGCAGGCCGAGCACUGGUGUACCAGCACUCCCCAUCAACUUACAUUGACUUGGCUGUGGAUGAACAUGGGCUCUGGGCCAUCCACUCAGGGCCAGGCAUCCACAGCCAUUUGGUUCUCACCAAAAUUGAGCCUGGCAUGCUGGCAGUGGAACACUCAUGGGACACUCCAUGCAGAAGCCAGGAUGCCGAAGCUGCAUUCCUCUUAUGCGGGGUUCUCUAUGUGGUCUAUAGUUCUGGUGGCCAGGGCCUGCAUCGCAUAACCUGUGUCUAUGACCCACGGGGCACUAUCAAUGAGGAGGAUCUGCCCAACUUGUUCUUUCCCAGGCGACCAAGAAGUCACUCCAUGAUCCAUUAUAAUGCCAGAGAUAAGCAGCUCUAUGCCUGGAAUGAUGGAAACCAGAUCAUUUAUAAGCUCCAGACAAAGAGAAAGCAGCCUCUGAAGUAAUGCAUUACAUCCCGCAGGGAGAGCGCCUUGGCCUUGGAAGCUGCUCUCCAGGACAGUGAUGCCAUGUCCCCUUUUACAAUACUGCCCUCUAAUCACAUAGAGUGACUGGAUCUAGAAGUCAGAAUGCAUGUGUAUCCGCCUAAAUGUUACUGCCUUACAGACCUUCCAAGAGCUUAGAUGAGAGUCUAUCAUUCAGAAAUUUCAACAAAUUCCAAUCCAUCCAAACUUCCUGGCACUCAAGGCCUUCCACAUUCUGAUCCAGCUUACUUCCAGCCUUUUCUUUUACUAGCAUUUACUCUAACUCUACUCACCCCACCCCUCCAAGCAGUUAGAAAGAUAGGCCACCCCUAAUACUGUUGGCUUUUCUCUUCUGUGGCCUU